UUAACUCCACUACGUUUCUCUUUUUAGAAUAUUGAGUAUUGCUAAUUUGAGCGUUGGAGUGUUUUCCUCGAGGAAACAUAUUCGGGAAUUUCAAGUGUUGAAGCAGUUGAAGGAAACCGCCCCUCGAGAAGCAACAUGAAUGACCAAGACAAUACUCAACUCCUAGAAAGUGACCUCAAUGACGUUCAAACAAUGCCGAGAAACCUUAUCGUUGGUGGUGCGGAACAAGAACAAUCAAACACCUUAGAUGAUGAAAGAACACCUACUGGGGUUGAGCAACCGGCAACAGUAGUUGCAACCCGUAACUCCCCAGCUUUGAGCAAUGUAGUGGUCCCAACUAGACCAAGAAGAAGUAGGAAGUUGAAUCCAGAGCCAAGCUCAUCCAGGCAUAAUGAAGAAUUGCUGAAGAAGAAUGCUGAUUUUGAAAGACAACUUAAAGAUGUACAAAAAUCUAUUGACGAGCUGAAAAAUCCUAGCCGCAUACCCUCACCUUCUGGCACAAUCAACAUGAUCUCUGGUGGCAUGCAUUUAGGAGGCCAAAGUGCUCGAGGUCAUAAAGCUUAUGCUCGUCAAGUGAUGACGAAGAUGCAGCUAAACCCAAGUUCCUUGAGAAAGUAUGAGAGGCCAACAUACGGAUUUGACAAUCAGCCCGUCCCUGUUGAAGGAGGUGUAGGUGUGCUCAAAGGAAACCAGAAAAUGGCCAAAACCUGUUAUCAAGAUACUUUCAAGAAGGUUGAGUUUGCAGUAGCACACAAGACCCCUAGUGCAAAUGUUUCCAGACUAAGCCAACCAGGUCAACAAACAAUGGGCAUAUCUGACAUAGAUCAUCGACCUGAGAAUGUGGAGCAGAAAGCUGACAUACCAACAGAGUUCGCAGUCCACAAGCUCAGUAUGGAUCCCGUUAGGAAGCCAGUGGUCCAAAAGCGUCCCUUUGUGGGCCUUGAGAAACAGACGAAGCUAAACCCGUUGAAAUGUACGUUUGCUGUGGAAUCAGUCAAAUUCCUAGGAUACGUAGUAUCCAAGAAGGGGAUCGAGGAGAACCCAGAUAAGGUUGAGGUCGUUCAACAAACGGAAUCCCCUAAAACAAUAAAGGAUGUGCAGCGUUUAACAGGUUGUCUUGCCGCUCUGCACAGAUUCAUCGCCAGGUCAGCAGAAAAGUGCCUCUCACCCUUCAAAGCUUUGCGAGAACCAAAGAACUUCCAGUGGACUGAUGAGUGUGAGCAAGCUUUCGGGGAACUCAAACAAUAUUUGGCAUCACCACCUUUGCUCUCCAAGCCUACUGAGGGGGAGACAUUGUAUCUAUAUCUAGGGGUUGCAAAUGAGACAGUCAAUUCAAUCCUCUUAAGAGAGCAAGAUAAACACUAAAGACCCAUCUAUUACACAAGUAAAGUCUUGUAGGGGUG